AUGGAGCAGGAGGAGAAUGAAAUUAAUUUCGGCUUUGCCGAUGCAGGAACAUGGAAUUCCACAGGACACAUUGCCUUGGAAAAUAUGAAAAUCGAUGCUCCCAUGAUAUGGCUUCUCUGUUCGCUGCUAACAUCAAUAACAUGGGUUACCUACAUCACAUUUUACAAUUCCCGUUUAAUGGGAGUGUUAAUAACAAAAAUCGCCAAUCGUUGGUUUAUCAAGGGAGCAUUCUUUAAAAUAGGUUCUGUAGCUUUAAAUCCAUUAGCGGGUAAAAUAAUGUUUCGUGAUUUUGUCUAUAUAACAUUCGAUUAUUCUGUACGGGUACAGGAUGGUUAUUUCAUAUUUCGUUGGUGGCGUUCCUAUGUACCCAAAGAUGUAUCUGAGGAUUUAUCCCAUUCGGAUACCCGGUUAUCUGUGCAAUUAAAUGGCUUUGAAUUGCAUAUUUACAAUCGUUCACAGCUAUAUGAUGAACUGGAAAGGACAUUUGGUUUGAAACCUUCCGUCUUGAUACCGACGGACUCCCUAUCCACAGAGGAACGCAUCAAACUCAAGGAGCACACCAUGAAUAUGGAAAAUGCCCGCCAAAGUAAACGUCAAAGCGUCAAACAUUCCGAAGCCAUGAAAGCGACAACAUGGCGUGAUCUCAUACCAGUAAUUAAAAUUGAUAUAUGUUCGGGACGAUUUGUGUUCGGUAAUCGUCUGACACCCACCACCCUGUCAAUAUCCAUGGAGGAGGCCCAUUGUACAUAUAGUACGAAACCGGCGGUGUGUCGUUUGGAUCAUUUUAUGCAUUUCGUUAAGGCCAAUGUAGAAAAUGCCAAGGUGAUGUUUGCCCCCAGUCCAAAAUAUACGGGUCUGGUAGAUGAACCACCACGUUAUAUGGGCGAGGGCUUUGUUGUAAUGAUGUCCAAUCAAAUGGAUUUAUAUUUCUAUAUGGAUGAACCGGGUGUGGUUCCCGAAGAACCGGUACACAUUACAUUGGCCAAUGGUGAUACUGUGGAACCCUCAUUACCCGUCUUGGGUAUUAAUAUCAAAUGUUUAAAAGGCACAGAUUUCAGUUAUGGUCCCUGGGCCGAUCGUCAACGUGAUCAUUUAUUUAAAUUUUUCUAUCCACCCGAUUGGAAGGAAAUGCAAGUCACCCCAAUGCCCAAGCCGGGGGAGCUACGUAGCUAUCAAAGUUUUGAUGUCACGCUGUGUGUCCUAAAUGAAGCCACCAUUGAUAUUUUAUUCUCCAAAGAGAAGGAAACAAAUGCCAUGCACAUAACAGUGGGUCCAGCCUCCUAUGUGGAAGUUACGAUACCCUGGGUAACACAUCCCGAUGGCUACACGUCGAAGAUUCAAGGUCAAUUGUUCCAUGUGGAGGCAACAACCUCCUUGCAGUAUCGCAGCUUGGCCGAAUUUGAAUCGCUGGAAUAUAAAGUUCGCAUACACUACCCCACCAAAUGGAAUGCUCCCCAGGAUUGGAGCAUUUCAUUGGCCGGAUGCAAAGCAACUGCCUACAUCGUAUACAAACACAAAUGUUUCUUUCAAGAUCUCAUCGAAGAUUGGGCCAGCAAAGCCAGACCGGAUAUUUUAUCCUUUGUGCCAUAUACCUGUAAAUUUAAUAUACUCCUUAAUGAAUUUGAAAUUCUCACCUUGUGCAAUGAAUACAAUUGGAUCGACUGUUCCAGUGCGAAUCAGGAAAACAAUCACUUGGCCUUUUGUGGCGAUGUCUUUGAUAUGAGUUUUGCUCUGCCAUUUGAAGAUUUUUUACCCAAAACUGUGACUCUGAAAUUUUGGAUACAUGGCGAGGGUCUCGAUUUGAGUCUAUAUGUACCAGAAGUAUCCUCGACAAGGCCCAUUGUCUUGGCCAUCGAUGAAAAUGCCCGUCUGUUGACCAGAAGCGGUAAAGUGAAAACCCGACCCGAGUUGUAUACCAAAAAAUGGCGUAAAAUAUGUCAACGUUCAGCUGGUUGGAUAGAUUGUUGGACAGUGCCAAUUGUGGCCUUAUCAAUACAAUAUGUCUAUCAUCCAGCACCUCCGCUGGGGCCAGAUCCUCAGGCCGAUAUAACAACACCUGAAAAAGAAGAAAUUUUGCUCAGUCCAAUGCGUAUACCAAAAACGCGGAAAUCACCCAAUCCCAAUUGGCAAAAGGCCGCAGAACAGCAACAAAAGUUCGACCCUUCCACUCUGCCAGCAGAUCAUGUGACAGUGGAGCUGGAAAUAGGCUCCUCUGUGCUAAUGUGUUAUGGCAAUGUUUUACGAAAUUUCAUAAAUCUCAAAGAAAACAUCUUCGGCGAAGAUCAAAAUUUCACCGAUAUGGAACAAUCGAAUGUGAAGACCAAAGAAACCGUCAUACCAGCACCCAUUAACCCCAAAGAUCAACUCUUAUCAAAAGAUAAAGAUUUGGCCACCAAAUCAAUAUCAGAAGUUACGGUGCCCGAGGAAAAACAAAAACCCUUUGAUCCAAGACUCUAUAGACCACUGGAGGUUAUAGUAUCCGUCAUUAUACACGAUAUACAGGCUCACAUAAUGAAAAAUUGCAAUGAAAAUGAUCCACCCUGUCCUGUGGUGCUCAUAGAACGUUUCGGUUUCGAAAUGAAUAAACGUUAUCAUGAAACAACGCUGCAAGUUUUGGUUAGCCCUUCAUAUUUGAUAACAUCGGAUUUGGUGCCACGUCAAAAUCGUGAUAAACAUAUCAAUCAGGGCCAUUUAAUGUUGUCGGCAGUACAGGUUCGUGGCCAUGCCAUGUUUAGCAAUGAAGGUUGUGCUUUAGAUGAAGAUACCUUGGAAUAUUCUUGGCUUGUUGAGGUUCAGCUGGGUAAGCUGUCCGGAAAAUUAACUCUACCCCAAUUAUUUAAUGUUGCAGUGGGUUUGGAGACAUUAGCCCUGCUGGCUGUGGAUCCCGAAAAUUGUUUAAAAUCACCCAAAACGGUGCGCAAUUGUCAUCAUGGUGUACCGAGUAAUCAGUGUCCCCAUACCAAAGAGGAAAAUAAAUAUAAAUGUCCCUCGGCCGAGGAUAUUAAAUAUAAAAUGACUCGUGUCUCUAUAGAUGCGGUAGAUGUUUAUCUAAUCGAAAGCGGCACAGCUUUACAUGCUUGGAUCUCUCCCAUCCGCCUGGCCAAUUGCAAUCUACACGGCCAACGUGUCAAGUCAGGAAUAUCCGGCCUGUUACCUUCAAUAUUGAUAAGACUGUUUAUGUUAAAUGCUGGUUGUACAACAAACAUGACAAAUUCAUAUAAUACCAAUACCACUGGUAGUAAUCGUUCGGGUAAAUUACGUAGAGCCGAUCAAGAGUCAGUUAAAUCCGACAUACAUCAUCAUGGAACACACCCGGCCAAAGGUAAACGUAGUUCCAACUCCUUUUCACAACGUAGAGAUUCACGUGAGGAAAGUUCACGUAAGUUGCGGGAUAGUUUUUCCGAAUGUCGAAGACCAAAUGCUGCUGCUGGUACACAAUCGGCUGUUUAUGAUAGUGAAUUCUUUGAAAAUUGGGUGGAGGUAGGUUGUACCUCAUUGGGACCGAUACUAUUGGAGGGUGCCUCUGCAUUGCCCAUACCCGAUCAUAAACUGCAUUUGGUGCAGCAUAAUUUCUUGCGCGAACAUGACAUGAAAUAUAAACGUUUGUGGUUUUUGUGGUCCAACACAUCAACAACGUCGUCUGGCAAUAUGACUGGUGUUGUGGAUAUUUCUCGCUGUGGUUGUAUUGGUGGUUGUGCCUUCUUUGGUAGUAAUCGUAAUGGUUUGAAAUUCUUUAAGCCCUCAGCACAGGAUUUACAGGAUAACUAUAAUAUUGCUAGAUAUUUCAUCAUAAACAACAACAAAGACUAUGGCUUUGGUGAAAGUAUUUUACAUCAGGGGCAGUUGGUGUUUCACACACCACCCUACAGCUUGCAUUCAGUUUCACUGCAUGAUUCAGCAGAGUUUACUGGCAAGGGCAAACUUUAUCGUCCACCCACUGCCGUUAAUGGUAGUUUGAAAAAAUCCGACUUGGCUGCCGGCAAAGCUGAGCAAAUGGCUGCGAAAAUGAAACUAGGUGGUGCCUCUACCCUAGACAAAGAUAUGAAUGGAAGAAAAUCACGAGAAAGUAUUGGUUCACCAAAUACACUGGAACGACGUAGCAAACGUUAUUCAUAUUCUACCACGAGACAAACAUCUGUAGAAGUUCCAUAUGCCCGUCUACUGGAUAGUCCAUCGAAAAAGAUUUUGCGUCAAGAUUCAGCCGAUUCACAAAUUGUUGUAUAUCGUCGUGGUUCCGAUUCAAAUAAAUCACAAAAUAAUACAUUGCGUGUAUCACCGCCAAAGACAAGUAUCUCGGAUUCACGGUUGACUGGGGAGGCAAAUGUUGAAGAUGAAUUGGAGAUUCCCGAUGAAAUGUCCCAUUCGGCACCCCAUUCACAUCCCUUGGAAUUUGAAAUUGCCGAUAUAAAUAUGCAAGCACAGUUGCCCACAGAUUUAACAAACGGCGAACAUUUGACACGUGAGGUGCAGCGCACAAUAUCUUUGACAUCGGAAAAUCCCUCGGAAAUGUUUUUCUCAGCCGAAGAAGAUAUAUCGAAUAUGAUGUCACAGCGGGGAUCCAUUAAAAAUCACAAUGGUUCUAUUAUAUUUUCGGGAAAGAAGAGGUUCUCUUCGGAUUUAAGUAUUGGCAAUCAAAACGAAAAUGCCACUUUGUCAUCAUUGAAUACCUAUAGAAGUGAUUUGGAGAUACAUGCACCAGAAACAAAUACAAAAUCUUUAUCGAAAAGGCCACAAAGUACCACGGAAUUGAACGAAGACGUCAGACGUAUUCAUGGUCUUGCUACACCAAUCAGAAAACUUACAUCAAGACCUGAGUAUCGACAUUUUAUUCAUGAUGUGGAUUCUCGUGCCUCAUCAUCCGGUACACCCUCCUUAUCGUCGAACUCCUUCAUCUCGGCAAUGUCAUCCCAGGAAGAUGUGGCCCUUGUCAAUUUACAUCAACAGGUGAAUCGCCCAAUCAUUGAUUCACCUCUCCUCAUGGCCAGUUAUUUGAAUCAUUUGUCCCAAGUGAAAUGUUUCAAUUGGACAACAUGCUCAUUUCCAUCGGGUUUGGAUGUCUUCUCUACGCCACUCUUUCAUGAAAAUGAAAACGGGGGCCUAACCUAUAUUGGCAGUAAAAUGGUACCACAUUUUGAUUUAUACUCCUCGUGGAGAGAAAUAAAAGUUGUGCCACGUUAUGAAAACACAACGGGUAGUAAUAGUUCGGCAACAUUUAUGGGCGGCCCCAAGUCACAUCCAUGGGAUCCUAGUGUCCUCCUGAAAGAGGAGGAAAGUGAUAAAUCUACCAAUGGAUUUGAUGAUGGCGAGUUUAUGAGUCUGCAGGCAGAGGGUGCGGCAUGUACAUCGGUUGUGGCCCGUCUCAAGGGACAGGUUAAUGUGUUCUUAACGCCUUUAUUGUUGGAAGGAUUACAGAGAAUGGUCGAAGCAGCAAUACCGACAUUUUCAAAUAUGCACCUAUUAACCGUAGUCAACUAUAUACACUCGUCGUGUAUAGCUAAAGUGAAAAACGACAAUAUUUUGAAACGUGAUCAAUCUUUGAGUUAUUGGUCUCAGGUACAUUCAAAUUCGAAACGUUCCACAACCGAACGAAAUCUCUUAGGUCCUGGUGACUCAUUCCUCAGUGAUGUCUACGAAGAAAGUAUAUCGACAAAAACACAAGGAUUAAUUGUAUUACCGAAAGUCAGCAUAACAAUGUUGCAAUCAUCCAUAAUCGAAGAGGUUAUAUCGGUGGCAGCAUUGGAUAAUGUACAGGACCUCAGUUGUGUAUCGCUGCUAACCUUCUACAUCGAAGGUGUGUCAACAAAAUUCCAUUUGGGCAAAACAACACGAGCCUCAAUGCACAAUGUUUACAUCCAACAGACGGUGCAAUCGAAUAGUCACAAAAAAGGUGGUAUAAUGAAGGGUACCCGAGCCCUCCUAGCUCACCUAUCAUCCCAAUCACGUCCCGACAAUGUACAAGGUGAACCGAUAUUGAUCGAAACCUCGGAAAAACAAUUGGAAGAACUUGUUAUUACCCUCGAUGUGGGACGAGCACAUGCCCAGCUGCGACGCCUAAAAACCGAAAGUACCACCGGUCAAGAAUCUCCCAUUAUGGUCACAGCCAUACCAGAACCUAAGAGUAAAGUUCUAUUUGAAUGCCUCAAAAUGACCGACAACACAGGAGUUGAUAGUAUUGGUUAUAUAAUGUUCGAGUGUGGCCUUGAAGGUGUGGGUGUAAAAAUCGUUAAACGUUCCCAUUUCGAAAAGUCUGAAAAUUCCAAAGAGGAAUUGGCUGAAAUGGCCGAGGAUGGUGUACUCAAUGAUUUGGUGGAAAAUGUAACGAAUACCACAACGGCGGCGGCGGCAAAUAAUCCACAAAUUGAUGUGUCCACAACAUCGCGAGCAGAGGCCGCAUGGCGUAUGUUAACGAAAAAACCGCCAACACCAAAAACACCCAAAGAAAAAUUCCAAACAGCCUUGGAGAAUAUCAUUGUAACCGAACGAACUGAGAAUUUAAAUGAUACUCGUAAAUCGAUGCCAAAACCAGCACCACCACCCACACACAUGGACGACGAUGUGGAAAAGGGAAAGACCAGCAGUAGUCAAACAAAAGGAAAACCUGAAGGUUUUGAUAAAGUUGCCAAUAAGGAAACGGAUAAGACAUCGUCGUGUGUUAUUGAAUUGAAAUCGGUAUGGUUGAAUUUUGCCGCGCCCCCUUGUGUGCCCAUAACACGUAAAAUUGAUUUGACUCGCCUGGAUUGGAAUCUAUUGAGUACAGCCUCACCAGCCAUUACGGCAUGGAUGAAUCCCAGCAAUCGAUUGGCAAUUAAAAUUGUUGCUCUACUCAAGGCUUUGCAUACGCGACAAACAUCGGUGGCUGCUUGUCUAAUGGCUGAUGCGCUGGAAAAUGAGAAGAUACAAAGGAAUCCGAAAAUUAAGAAGAGUCGUUAUGCCAAUAACUACACCUUGUUGUCGAAAACUUUACAAGAGGAUCCCAGUUGUCAAUUAUGUUUUAUUAUGCAAAAAUUGGUUCUCGAUGAAGGUGUCCAAAAGGUGGAGCGGAUAUUCAAACAGGGUGAUGUACCACAUCUUAAUACUCUGAGACAGGGCAUUAUUGUUCUCAGUCGCCAAUGGAAAAAUUCACUCUACAAUCCCAUAUUGUUCGAACAUCAAUAUAAAAAUAAAUUAACGCGUCCGAUAAACGUUACCUUUUCGUUUCCACAAAACGAAGAGGAAUGCGAAGAUCCCGAAUGUGAAGGUGAUAAUGAUUUAGGUGCAUAUGCUGGUGUUGGAGACAAUCCUGAAGAGAGUGAGAAUGCUUUAUUACUUGGGCAAACACAGCAUCAUCGAACUCAUAUUGAUUCCAAUCAAUUUGGUAUGGGCUAUUCAACAGAUGGUGUACUGCAUGGAUCACAACGUUCAACAUCGACCUCACCAAAUAUUCAUCUGUCAAGGAGAGGGAAAAGUUUAACAAAAGGUUCAACCUAUUCACAUGGCAAUUCUUCCCGUUCCAGCAUACAAAUGUUACCCAUUAUAUCGGGCUUAGUUGAUAAACAGGCAGCGGAAAUUGAAUAUGGUGCCCUACAAGAGGGUUCGAUCAGCUCGACAAAUUCGGUAAAUAAAUUUUGGUUAAGUUCUUCGGACAACCAUAAGGAGGAUUUAUACUUUUGGAUGGCCAAACAACAAGAGAAUAAGAAAAAGGAAGCAUUUGCCGAAAAGGAAAUUCUUCGCCCAACACCGGUUAACAAAAUUCCCGGAAAUGUUCCAUUGCGUUCAGGAAUUAUGCAAGAUUCUAUAACGUUGCUGGAUGCACAUUUGAUUUUUGAACCCUUGCUAACAUGCCUGGGCGUUAUGCCACAACAAAUGAUCAAUAAGUUUUCCAAUACGGAUAUUUCAUCAUUGGAAAACUUUGGUACAAAUCUCUCGUUGAUUGGCACAUUUGAUUCGAUUCGCGUUGAUAUAGUGGUCUCAGAGGCCGGCGAUAAAAACAAAGCGAAGACAACAAAAUUACCAAGUAAAAAAGCCAAUGGUCGGCCAACCAUAAUGAUGGAUACCCCACUGUUUUUGUGUGAACGUGUUGGUAUUGAAUUGGAAGUACUGAAAAUGUCCGAUGGUAUGGUUGAUACGGCCAGACAAAAUGUCAUCUAUAUGUCAAGGCGGCAGAUGAAGAAACACACCAGCACUGUGAUUAAUUUCAGUAUAAAUAUACGAUUUAUUUCGCAACAGGUCAACAUGCCUUUAUUGCGUCUGCUGCAUCAGAUAACCAAUAUGUAUCAAAAUGUCAAGGAUGCCCAAAAUGAAUUCCAUGAUCAACCGGAUAUGAGUAAAAAAUCGAAUCACAAAGAUGAAUACAGUUUGGCUUCUGAGCCUAAUGACAUUAUGCCAUUUGGUUCGGUCUCGGAUCGUUUUAAUCAUAAUGAAAAUUCGUCGGAUGAGCGUUAUGAUAAAUUCAAUGAAAUGGUCACCAUGACUCAUACAUCGGGAAACAAAAUGCGCCCUUUGAUACAGCUGACACCCUCACCAAGCGCCAAAAAUCGUCCACAGUCAUUUGCCCAAAAACUUCGGUCCACAGGAAAAUCCGUCAAAGGCAAAUUGGGCUAUACCAAUCUUAAUGAGUCAUCAUCAUCACCGUUACGUGAUAGCCCAACAACAUCAGUGUCCGAACAUCAUAUGUUCAAGCUAUCGCUGGAAUCGAAAGCCUCCCUGAAUGGAGCUGGCGCCUGUGCGACCAGUGUUAGUGGUGACUACAAUACAAUAACUAAAAAUGGUUUCACUGCCAUAAUACCACCCAUGCUAGACACACCCAAUUGUUGGAAAACCAUCUUUCAUUUAUUGGAAUUAUAUGGCACGAUGCCGGAAACUAAAACUGUACAACAGCGAAUUUCUUUGACAAAUGAAAAGAAACCAUUUGGAGGUGGUAGUUAUAUGAGGCAGGAUACAAGAAACGAUGAUGAUGAUUUGACAAGUGCACCAACACCACUGCCACAACAUAAAGAAAUCUUUGAUAGCAUUUCACAGGAGAAGACCCGAUUGAUUGUAUUUGGGGUGGCGAAGAUACAUAAGACCCGCCUGCUGGCCACAUUGAGUGGUCUUAAAUUGGAGGCGGAAAUAACAACAUUAAAUGGUUCUGCCACAUGGCGUAAAAAGGCAAGACCUGUAUCGUUGGAAUGUUCUCUCACCGGACAGGUUGGUAGGGCCAUGAUUGUGCUGCUGGAAGGUGUGGCGCCCAAUCAACAAACGGUUGUUAAAGUGACAGUGGGUAAAAGUCAAACCCUCUACUCAAGCCUUACAAAACGAGGCCGCGAUAAGAAUUCCGGCCUGCUCUCAAUUGGUCCAGUUAAUAUUGAAAUACCCCAACAUCCGGUGGCAUUACACGGCAUGAUGACACGCUCCUCAAAACAACUAUCAUCGACCCUACAAGAGCUGCGCGUAGGCCGCAACUCCGGACGUACCGCAUCACGAUCACAUAAUUUAGAUGAACCCGAAUCACCAUUUCAUUCACGUAACUCUGGGUCAAAUAUGGAUGCCAAAGAAAAACCACAACCACAUAGUCGUAAAUAUAAUACUCAGACACGUUCGCAACCUCAACAAAAUGGCCUAUUGCAACCCUUGGUUAUGCAAUUUAAUGUUCUGCUGCAAUCGCUGUCAAUUAAUGCUGCCCUACUGCCAUCACUGCAGGCUCAAUAUCGUAUGAAUCAUGUUAGUUCGACUGGUGUGUCGGGUAAUCGUGCCAAGUUCGUUAUUGAUCUGCCGACACAUACACUGAGUUUUAAUACUAAAAUUCAGGUGAGGAAUGAAAUGAAUUUACCAUCCGAGGCCUGCAUCGCCCUGCCACCGGUCCAUGUAAGUGCUGAAUAUAUACCCGAACAUCGCCAGGAAGAAAACGAACGUGUCGAAGGUGUGAUCCUCAGACAAGGCGGCUAUGUUAAUGCCUCUGCUGAAAUUGGCGAAUUUGAAAGAUGCCUGACCACCGACUUACUCAAUCAUUUGGUAUUCGUACAAAAGGUGUUUAUGCGCGAAAUCAACGAAGUUCUGCAAAAAGUGUAUGGUGGCGAAAAACCGGUACCCCUUUGGUCCGAGGACAGUGAUAGUGGCAGUGUUCAAGAGUCUAGUCUCAAACGCAUUCUCUUCUCCCUGAACAUUUCCAUGAAACGUAUACAAUUGACGGCCACCACACCGUGCAAUUCAGCGGUACGCUUUGAAACGGGCACCCUUGAAUUGCAUCUAUCGAAUCGGGUUAAAAAUCUCGGCGAAGGUAACGAUCGUAAAAUGUUCGGUAAGGCGCAUAUCGAUUUCAAUCUAUCACUCGGUCAAUUGAUACGAAAUGUUAUAUUCGAUGAGGCCGAACCGGAAUUUCAACAAUAUGCGUUUUUUCACACAACUAUCGGUUUACGUAAUGCAUUCCAAGAUGAAUUACUUAACGAGGAUAAAGAAUUGAUCCUACUAACGUUAAAACGUCCUUUGGUAUACAUUCAGCCGAUAGCUGUUGAUAAGGCCAUAUUAGUGUGGUUGAAUUAUAAGAAUGCCUAUGAAUAUUGGGCUGAGAAGCGGGCCAAUUUGAAUUAUGAAAAUGCCCAACAACAAUCGCAACAGGUCUUCGAUCGGGUGGCAUUUAAUCAAUUUAGCAACAUUGCUGGCUCGAAUUUGUCAACAUUGUUCCUGCAGUUAACUGUGGAGGAUAUGGGCAUUUGUCUGCCCUUAAAUCCGGUGGCUAAUUCCUGGGGUACAAGAUCCUAUCAAGAUUUUGAACCCAAAGGUGCAGUGGUCAUUACGCUGGAAAAUACAAUUAUAUCAGCCUGUAAUUCCGGUUCUUUAGUGUCGAAGGGAAAAUUCCAAGGUUUAUGUUUGCGAUUUGCUGACGAUUUUGAAACCACACUCGACGAUUGGAAGCCAAAUCCCAGUGAACCAAUUAUGAAUGUCUGUGUGGUGUCCGAGGGUACCUAUGAGGUAUGUUCUCGUACAACGGCGGCGAAAAAAAUGGAAAAUGCCAAAUGGCUGUUGAAUGUGAAAUGGCAAAUGGAAGGUGUCGAUAUCCAUUUGGAUAUAAAUAUUGGCAAACAGCUGUCGUCUUUGGGUCAUACCCUAACCAUGUUAAGCGGUUUCGAAGAGGAAGAAACAAAUUUGGAUUCACCCGACAGUGAAGAUGAAGAUAAAUCUCAGCGUGAUACCUUUGGACGUCGUAGAGAAUUUGAGAAUCUACCACCGUUUGUUUUUGAUCCUACCAUUGAUUCGAAGAAGCGUUCAUUUAUGAUGGAAAAAGAAAUGGCCGAACAGUUGAAGAUAAUUAAUGAUUUGCGUACGUUGGGCGCCACUCACAAUACCAUUGCCCAUGAGGAGCGUAGACUGCAGGAGUUGCAGGCAAUUUGUUAUAAAUUCUUUAGAAGGGAUAUGAUACAGAAAUGGAAGCGGCCCUCCAUGCGGCGGAGUAUGAAAACAUCGCAGAGAUCCAUAUCGUUUAUGGGUGGUUCUCAUAGUCAUCAUAUUGAUGAUGGCUUGGCAACAUAUUCCGGAAGGAGAUUGGAUCCCAUUGCCUCCAAUGAUGAAAUAUCAAGUUUACAAUCUACCCCAGCUUCGUGUCAUUCGAGAAGUGCUUCCUUGAAGACAUCCGGAACAAAUCGUGUAACUUUUUCAGAAACAAUGCGGCAGACAUCUCUGCCCAAUGCCGAUAGUGAUGAUGAGCCCCAGAGUACAAAUUCACAGGAUGUUCAUACCGACACACCACCCAGUGAGAUCGAUAUUGAUGGUACAUCUGUGGAAAUGCGACGCAAGCAUCAGUAUCAACAAAAACAACAAGAGCCGAAUGUAGAUUUUGAACUGGACAUCAAGGUGCUGGUUAAUUCGGGAAAAUGUGUUUUGCACACCAAGGAGACGUCGGAAGAUAGAUUUUGCAUUUCUGGACCAACCACAGUCAAGACUCACAAACGUGAGAGGAGUGUGGGUUAUGAUUGGGGUAGUCCAACACCAUCACGCAGGCAAAGGGAUAAAAGCAAGUUACGUUAUAAUCCCUCCUCGGCUGCCAUGUUGACGGAUCUCACCAUAUUCCAUAUACCGGGGUUGGAUGUGAAGUUACAUUACCAAUCAAGGACAGUGGAGCCCAAUAUGACGGAGUCUGCACGCAUGGCCAGCACAGAUAGUCAUCAAUCAAUGAUGUCAGGAUCCACGAGAAGGAUGAGCACCAAACGGGCCUCACUGUUUGCCUGGAUGACUUUGCAGUCAAUACCCGAGGAAACAAUAAUUUCACCACAUAUUUUGGAGUUCUUGGAACAAACUCUCGAACCCAUACCCACAAAGGCUGAACAGAGUAGUGGUUCACAGACACCAUCAAAUAAUGCUGUCAAUUUGGAUAUCCUACCAGCCAAUUAUGUGCAAUAUGCCUCAUUCCCCGUGGAUGUCAUUGUCUACUUCCACAUGCAACCAUCUACAUUUAGGUUCUCAUGCCUACCCGUGUCUCGAGUGGAAUGUAUGUUGCAAUUGCCCAGCUUGGAUAUUGUGUUCUCUUCAAAGCGAUCAGCCGAUGAAGAUAAUCAACAGAAUCCAUUUGAGUCAACAAAUAUACCAACAAGUUCAGCGGGAGGAGGUGCUGCAGGAACUUCCAGCUCGGAGAAAGAUAAAGACAAGACACCCCAGGGAGGUCUUAGUGUCACCGGCUGUUUGGCCGACUUCAAUGUGUUCAUUUUCCAUCCAUAUGGUGGCAAGAAAACCAACAUCAAGGAAGCUCAAUUUUCACCUCUUACCGAUUCGGAGCGAAAAGAUUCGCUGAGCAUUAAUGUGGAAUUCGUUAAAUUCCACAUCACCCGAUGCCGUAAGGUGUACAUAGAACCAUCUGCUUCAUCGAAAAGGUCGUUGGAUCAGUCAAAGGCUGUGGUAAGAUUCUCAACCAUUGUUGAUAUAGGCAGUGCCUCUUUCAAAUAUGAUAUGCGACGUCUAACGGAGAUAUUGGCAUUCCCCAAGGCCUGGUACAGGCGACGUAUUGUAAGACGUCUGUUCUUGGGUGAUUUAAGUGUACAACAAACCAGUACCGAAAGUGCUGGUGGUGAUCAUACACCUACGACGCCCAAAGAUUUUCAACGAACCAAAACCCCCGACAAAUCGCCCGGAGAUUCAUCUGGCUUCUAUGCACGUGAUAAAAUGAAAUUGAAUUUCGAUACACCCACUUCGUCGACGGGUGCCAUACGUAAACUCAAGUCCCUGGGUAAAUCAUCAAGUAAUGAGUCGUCCAGCACACCACCCUCGGAAAAGAAUCAAAUCACCGCCUGGGAAACGUUGGUACUGUUCGCGGUGAAUUUCACCAAACUCAAUGUCCAAAUGAAUAUGGGCAAUGUUAUGGGUAACGUGGUGUGGUUGACAAAAGAUUUCCAAUCUGAUGGUCGUCUAUCGAUCGGUAGUACAGGCUACAAGAAUAUGUAUAUUGGCAUUUAUUUGGGUGGUUCAUCGUUGGAUGCCAAGGGUGGCAUUGUUGGUGGUAGUUUUGAAGUAAAUAAAAUCAAUAAUCGUUUCCAUAUUAAAGAAGAGUCCGGUGUGGAACCAUGUCACACCAUACGUUUGAGUUUUAUGGCAUUGGAAUUGCGUCUGGAUUAUAUGGGUACAUCGGUACUAAUGACGAGAAUCAGCUCAUUCUCAGCUGCCAUGAAAGAUGAAUGGAAAACCACGCUACUCAAUGCUGGCAAGGCUGAAGAAACGAAAUAUGACAAUUCGGCACCGAAGGCCAUUAUAUUUGUUCAUGGAGAUUUAUCGUGGGAUCAGUUACAAAUCAUGAUUUCCAAAUCAACAACUGCCGAUCUGCUGAAAAUGUACUACAAAUUGGAAGAAUUCUUUACGCAACAAUUUAAAUCGUCGAAACGUGUAUUUUCCAGUCUCGAGCCGCGACUGCACGAACGCAAUGCCAGCAUGAAGCGCCGAGCAAAUAUGAAGAAAAAAAUGAGUGGUGGUGAAAAUCUAGGUCCAGACAUAAGUAACACUGACGCUCGACAUCAUCGACAUUGGCAAAAACCAUUGGAAAUGGUUGCUGGAUUGGUAGUGCCCACAUUGGUUACACGCCUACCACGCAAUGGCAAUGUUUUAGGUGGUUCGGUUAAAUUACACGGCAACAAUAUUUCAUUGGCCUGUUUCCAUGGCAUUAAUUUCAAAUCGAAAUCAUGGGCCUUAUUUAGUUUAAAAUCACCAUUUAUUAAUUUCACCACAGAAGCGUAUCAGGAUGCGGAGACACGGGAAGUGUUUGUCACACAAACGCUGACGUCAUGUUUGGGCCAAUCCAACGAAGAGGGUCAACAACAAAAUCAUUCAAUGGCCAUUGUCAGUCGUAUCUCGAGAAAUAUUGUAUUUCCACCACAGUUCAAGACACUGAAUGAAUGGUUCCAUUAUGCAUUUGCCAAUAGUGAAAUUGAUGCCGUUGAUCGUUUCCCCAUUUUGGAAUACGAUCGUGAAAUUGCUUCUAACUCAAUAGAACGUGCCAGAUCGGCUGCCUCCAGUACAGCCAGUUCGACCAAAUCUCAAGACCGAGAAGUCAUCUUUGCCUUACCGAGUUUACAUUUACAUUUUAGAACGGAACAUAAACAGGGCCCAUCAACACCCCAGCCAUCAGAUAUUAAACCUGAGGUUAUCUGCAGUUUCACAACAGAAUUUGAUGACCACAUUUUCGUUACCGUGGAUGCUGAUGCCUUCUUCUUUUUGCAUGAUUUAAUUACGUCCUAUGUUAAGGAAAAGGAAAAAGUGGUUGGUGCCCAAUCAGCCCGUGCUGCCUCACCCAAUCUCUCGCAGAAUCUAAAACAUCAGCUGAAACCCUAUGUUACCGAAGAAAUUCUAAAGGAACAACAGCAUUUAGCAUCUACAUCCUCUAAUAAUUCAUCCGCAUCAAAUACUCUAUCAUCUCGUAAUGCCAGCUCAAGUAAUUUGGAUGUAAAUCAGCAGCAACAACAAACAUCUUCAUCAGCCUCGGCUAUGGCAAAUGCUGCUGCGGCUGCCGCACAGCAUUUGGCAAAUAGUAAUCAUAAUUUGAACAACGAUACCAAAGACUCAAAUAACACAAACACAACAAAACAAGCUACUAACAUUAAUACCAACACGGCGGCGAGUGGUGCUACAGCUGGAACAAGUGGCACUGCUACUGCUGCUGGUGGCGGUGGUACGGCAACAUCAUCGUCAUCGGGUAACCGAGCAGAUGCUGAUACGGAUUUGGAAUCCUUCUUCCGUGAUUGGCGCCAUUUCGAAUGUCAGACCUGGCAUUUGGAACCCACUGUACGCAUCCUCUAUUGGGCUGGCAAAUCCAUUGAACCCUACGGCAUUGAUUAUAUACUCAAUAAAUUGGGUUUCAGUCAUGCCCGCACCACAAUACCCAAAUGGUUGCAACGGGGUUUUAUGGAUCCUUUGGAUAAGGUACAGGCCUUAAUGAUGAUGCAAUUAUUGAAUAUGAUUAGGGAAAACAAACAGGAGCAAAAUGUAAAAAAUAAUAAAAAUUCUAAUUAGAAAAGU